CUGUCCGUGGAGAGCCUCUGCAGCCCUCUGCUCUCUCGCCCUAGGUGAUCGGACAUGGCGGGCUGGAUCCAAGCCCAGCAGCUGCAGGGAGAUGCGCUGCGCCAGAUGCAGGUGCUGUAUGGGCAGCACUUCCCCAUCGAGGUUCGGCACUACUUAGCGCAGUGGAUCGAGAGCCAGCCGUGGGAUGCCAUCGACCUGGACAAUCCUCAGGACCGAGCCCAGGCCACUCAACUCCUGGAGGGCCUGGUGCAGGAGCUGCAGAAGAAGGCGGAGCACCAAGUGGGGGAAGAUGGGUUCUUGCUGAAGAUCAAGCUGGGGCACUAUGCCACGCAGCUUCAGAACACGUACGACCGCUGCCCCAUGGAGCUGGUGCGCUGCAUCCGGCAUAUUCUGUACAAUGAGCAGAGGCUGGUCCGAGAAGCCAACAAUGGUACUUCUCCGGCUGGGAUCCUGGUGGACGCCAUGUCCCAGAAACACCUCCAGAUCAACCAGACAUUUGAGGAGCUGCGCCUGGUGACGCAGGACACAGAGAAUGAGCUGAAGAAGCUGCAGCAGACUCAGGAGUACUUCAUCAUCCAGUAUCAGGAGAGCCUGAGGAUCCAGGGUGAGGCCGGGCCGCCUGGGCGCUGUGUGCCCACAUUCAUCAUUGAGAAGCAGCCCCCUCAGGUCCUGAAGACCCAGACCAAGUUUGCAGCAACGGUGCGCCUGCUGGUGGGGGGGAAGCUGAACGUGCACAUGAACCCUCCCCAGGUGAAGGCCACCAUCAUCAGUGAGCAGCAGGCCAAGUCGCUGCUCAAGAACGAGAACACCCGCAACGAGUGCAGCGGAGAGAUCUUGAACAACUGCUGUGUGAUGGAGUACCACCAGGCCACCGGCACCCUCAGCGCGCAUUUCCGGAACAUGUCACUAAAGAGAAUUAAGCGCGCUGACCGGAGGGGUGCAGAGUCCGUGACGGAGGAGAAGUUCACGGUCCUGUUUGAGUCUCAGUUCAGUGUUGGCAGCAAUGAGCUUGUGUUCCAAGUAAAGACUCUGUCCCUUCCCGUGGUUGUCAUCGUUCACGGCAGCCAGGACCACAAUGCUACCGCCACCGUGCUGUGGGACAACGCCUUUGCCGAGCCGGGCAGGGUGCCAUUUGCCGUGCCCGACAAAGUGCUGUGGCCGCAGCUGUGUGAGGCGCUCAACAUGAAAUUCAAGGCCGAAGUGCAGAGCAACCGGGGCCUGACCAAGGAGAACCUCGUGUUCCUGGCUCAGAAGCUGUUCAACAACAGCAGCAGCCACCUCGAAGACUAUAAUGGCAUGUCCGUGUCCUGGUCCCAGUUCAACAGGGAGAACUUGCCGGGCUGGAACUACACCUUCUGGCAGUGGUUCGAUGGGGUCAUGGAGGUGCUGAAGAAGCAUCACAAGCCUCAUUGGAACGACGGGGCCAUCCUAGGUUUUGUGAAUAAGCAACAGGCCCACGACCUGCUCAUCAACAAGCCCGAUGGAACCUUUUUAUUACGCUUUAGCGACUCCGAAAUCGGGGGCAUCACCAUUGCCUGGAAGUUUGACUCUCCUGACCGCAACCUUUGGAACCUGAAGCCAUUCACCACGCGGGACUUCUCCAUCCGGUCCCUGGCGGACCGGCUGGGGGACCUGAGCUAUCUCAUCUAUGUAUUUCCCGACCGGCCCAAGGAUGAGGUCUUCUCCAAGUACUACACCCCUGUGCUCGCUAAAGCGGUGGACGGAUAUGUGAAGCCACAGAUCAAGCAAGUGGUCCCUGAGUUUGUGAAUGCGUCUGCAGACUCUGCCGGGGCCAGCGCCACCUACAUGGACCAGGCCCCCUCCCCAGCCGUGUGCCCCCAGGCUCAUUACAACAUGUACCCACAGAACCCUGACCCUGUCCUUGACCAGGAUGGAGAAUUUGACCUGGAUGAGACCAUGGAUGUAGCCAGGCACGUGGAGGAACUGUUACGCCGCCCGAUGGACGGUCUGGACCCCCGCCUCUCCCCGCCUGCUGGUCUUUUCACUUCCGCCAGAGGCUCGCUCUCGUGAAUGUUUGAGUCCCCUACUUCUCCUUGGAAGCAAUGUUCAGUGUGAAGGGUUCAUAUUGAUUGUGAUGUUAGUAUUGCUGUGCAUAUUGAUGCCUCUGCCUACAGCACGUGUUCACAUGCGCGGGUGUGUGCACACGUGCGCACGAGGUGUGCCUGCCUCGAGUUGGCCCUCCCGGGUAUGUGGUCGCGGCGGCAGCCCCCACCUUUCUCUUCAGAUCAAGGCAUCCCAAGGGCCCGCUGGGUCUGUCUAGAAGGGGCUCUGCUUCCUCUGCACAAUGCAGGCAAACCUAGUCCCCGUUGGGGCCUUUUCUGCCUAGCAGCUAUUUGAAUGAAAUUAUUCCAGGGGCACGGACACAGCUUUGCCUCCCAGAUGUGCGCAUAUGCAUUUCUGUACGUGCCUCUGUUCUCAUGCAAGCGUGUUGUUCUGUUGAUUCUUUCCUUCUGGAGGCUGGGUUCCAUUUUGAGUACUAUUUUAUACUUUAUGUAAUGAUAUGGACUUGAGACUUUUUGUGAAUGGAGCGCUUAUCUAGACCAUGGGCCUCACACGGCGCAGAUGGGUCCUUUGGGUCGGGUUUUUCAGAGCUGCUCUGAGUAUGUGGUUCUUAGCCUCCUGGCGUCCAGCCAGAGGACUUGAGCUUCACAUCUCUGGUGCUGUUGCCCGGCCCUGCUAUCUCUUUUCAACUGCUCUUCCCCUUCCAUCCACCAGCCCCAGCCUUCUGUCCCUGACUCUCUGCAGCCUUGCUCGCAGGAGAGCUGGGAGAGGGGCAGGGACGGGUCUAGGACACCUGGGGACUCUGCGGGGUGAUCCCCUCCCCUCCUGGAAAAAACCUGCAGUGAGAGACAGCCGCAGACCAGCCACGCGCUGCUGGUUGGGGAGGACCUGGAGUGAGGGGUAAAAGCUGAUCUCCUUCCCCUCUGCCUGGAACAGGCCUCAUCCCAGUUGCAGAGCGCUGAGGUCGGCUUGCUCCCAACCUCACAUGCUCCUCCCUCUGGGGCAGCGUGUGGUGGAAGGUCAGGAGUCCCAGGUUGAAACAUCUCUGAAGGAAGGUGGGGACGAGAAGAGGGAUUCUUGUGUACUUUGUACAUAGGCCACACAUUUGUGUAAACAAUGUUUUUGAGUAAAGUAUUUUUUUCAUAAA